UCUCUCCUCCCUCAGUCAGUGGUUGUGAACUCGUUCCUCCUGACACUCCCUCGGUGAGUGGACCUGGACCUCGAUAAGUAGAAGGGUACAGACGCGCACACGCUCUCCGGAGGCUGAGGAACACGCCCGCACAUCAGGAACACCCUGCACAUCUGGAACGCGUUUACUCCACAUACACAGCAUAAUGGCGAACAAGGGUCCAUCGUACGGUCUGAGCCGGGAGGUGCAGAGCAAAAUCGCUAAGAAGUACGAUCCUGAACUGGAGGAGCGACUGGUGAACUGGAUCAUGGCUCAGUGUGGUGAUUCGGUCGGUAACCCGCCGCCGGGCAAAGAUGGCUUUCAGACCUGGCUCAGAGACGGAUGUGUCCUGUGUAAUCUCAUCAACAGUCUUCACAAGGGCCCGCAACCAAUAAAGAAGAUCCAGAGCUCUCCGAUGGCCUUCAAACAGAUGGAGCUGAUCUCACAGUUCCUCGCCGCCGCCGAGAAGUACGGCGUGGUGAAGACCGACAUGUUCCAGACCGUCGACCUCUGGGAGGGUAAAGAUCUGGCGGCGGUGCAGAGGACUCUGAUGUCGUUGGGAAGUUUGGCGGUGACCAGGGAUGACGGCUGUUACAAAGGAGACCCCAACUGGUUUCACCGAAAAGCUCAGGAGAACAAGCGGGAGUUCACCGAUGAUCAGCUGAAGGAGGGUCAGGCCGUCAUCGGCCUGCAGAUGGGCUCCAACAGAGGAGCGUCUCAGGCGGGCAUGACCGGCUACGGACUGCCCAGGCAGAUCAUCAACUAACGGUCAGAGAUUGUGAUCGAGUCCUCGUCCCAGCCAAUCAGAGAGGACGGAGCAGACAUCGCUGUCCAAACUGGCCAAUCACAGGGACCAAGAUUUCGACAUUCCAUAAAGCGGCAUGUUCAUAAACUCUCAGAACCUGUAUUAAAAUGUACUGCUUAUUACAGCACGUUCACCAAGUAAUGAACUCAUCUCAGAUUAGCCUAAUGCUAACAUAACAUCGUAUUCUCUUUACAUGUGUAAAUGUAUGUUGUUUAUUGAUUCUCAGUCUUUGAUUUUGCAAAUAAUAAUAAAUGUUUUUAAACUGAA